UACAAAAGUGUCUGGUGUUGUUCUCUUAGUAUUAAACAAAUAAGUUGCAAAGGACAUGUGGUAGAUGUUAUGGUAGGUAACAUUUGAGUUACAGUCUCCGAGUGGGAUAUUGGUUUUGUUGUAAGAAGGAUUUUUUAAGUAAAAAGAAUGGCUCCAAGCGUGAUCACAUCCACCGUGUACCGAUCUUCGCUUCGCAAGCUGUUUGCCUUGUCAUCGCCCUGCUUCCAACAAGUUGCUGGAUGUGGCAGUCAGAGCGACGUGAAUGGUGAGAAGCGCUGCCCGAGGAGCGGAUCAUCCGCCACGUCCACAGCUCGAGCUAGGCAGGCUUCGCAGCAGCAACAACAGCAGGCGUCGCAGCUGCACUAUGCCAAGAAAAAGGAGGAGGUAGUAGGGGUACCGGGCAGGUCGUACUCCUCUGCCGUUGCCAAAGUGGAUCAUAAAAGCUAUCUGUGGGCGAGGUACAAUGAAAUGAAGAGACUAGUACAAGAUCUUCUUCCACCUGGGGUGUGUAACUUGCUGAACUCCUCCACGGUUUAUGCCAACAAUGAAGUCUGCCUGGAAGACAUCAUGAUCUAUGGCUUUGAUUAUGACUAUACUCUUGCUCUGUACUCAAAUGCUAUACAUGCCAUGAUUUUUAACACAGCCAGAGACAUCCUUAUUGACCAGUACAAGUAUCCAGAAGGACUUCGCAGCUAUGACUACCUCCCCAAUUUUGCUGUGAGGGGCCUGCACUAUGAUAUUAAUAAGGGUCUUCUGAUGAAGAUUGAUGCAUUUCAUUAUAUAGAACUGGGGACAGUGUACAGGGGUCUUAAGCCUGUCCCUGAUGAGGAGGUUUUGCAGCUUUACCAAGGAACUAACCACAUUCCUCUUAAUCAUGUCAGUGGAUUCUAUGGCAAGGGACCUGCCGUAAAGCAGUACAUGGAUAUCUUUUCCAUCCCAGAGAUGACACUUCUUGCUAUUACCAAUGAUUUUUUUGUGAGCAACGACAUUGAUUAUGACCCUAUUCACCUCUAUAAGGAUGUGACGGAUGCAAUCCGAGAUGUGCACAUCAAGGGCUUUAUGUACAAGUGGAUCCUUGAAGAUAUGGAGAAAUACAUUUUGCGUGGAGAUGAAACAUAUGCUGUACUGCACCGUUUGGCAAGCAGUGACAAAAAACUUUUCCUCAUCACCAAUAGUCCCUUCAGCUUUGUUGAUAAAGGAAUGAAAUAUAUGGUUGGAAAGGACUGGAGAGACUUCUUUGAUGUUGUCAUAGUCCAAGCUGAUAAGCCACAUUUCUUCAAUGACUGCAUCAAACCCUUCCGUCGACUGGAUGAAAAUGGAGACCUGCAGUGGGAUAAAAUAACAAGGUUGGAAAAGGGACAGGUGUAUAAACAGGGAAACCUUUUUGAUUUUCUUCGUCUGACAGGCUGGCGGGGAUCCAGAGUUCUAUAUUUUGGAGACCACCUAUACAGUGAUUUGGCGGAUUUAAUGUUGCGCCAUGGUUGGAGGACAGGUGCAAUUGUCCCAGAACUGGAAACAGAAACAAAGAUUGUCAAUACAGAACAGUAUUCUCAGUCCCUGACCUGGCUACAAGCACUUACUGGCCUACUGGAACGCAUGCAGGUGCAUCGUGAUCCACAGUCUCAGGAGGUACUUCGGGACUGGUUAAAGGAAAGACAAGAGCUGAGGGCUGUCACGAAGAACCUAUUCAACCCUCAGUUUGGAAGUAUCUUCCGGACUUGUCACAAUCCUACAUAUUUUUCCCGUCGACUUUGCCGUUUCUCAGACCUGUACAUGGCAUCUAUCAGCUGCCUUUUGAACUAUGACCUGAACUAUACCUUUUUCCCCAGGCGCACACCACUACAGCAUGAGGCACCACUUUGGAUGGACCAGUUAUGCACAGGCUGCAUGAAGACACCUUUCUUAGAGGAGAUGGCACACAUCCGGUAGAGCUCACUUGAUUCAUUUGUUUGCAGAGACAGACUGUGCAGAACUACGAAUGCUUGAAUAUAAUGGGAGGAGAGAGAGAAACUUUAUGCACAAAUAAGGAAACAGGAGGAAGAGAGGGAUCUGGUCGUAAUGUAAAAAUUGAAAUUAUUGUAGCAGUGAAAGUGGACAUAUUUUUAAAAAAAUGUGUUUACAUUGUUUGUGGUGCUUCUUAUAGUCUUGAGAUACAAAGAGAUGAUAUAUGUAAGUGGUGUUGCAGCUAGUGAAGGGGAUACUGCAAAGUCAUUGCAGCUGAUGGCAGUGAGCAGAUGAAACAGAACAGUAGUAGGAGUAGCAAGUCGUGAGAUUAGAUAGGUAGAAAAGGAGUAGGGAGAUUUUUUUCCCUAGGUGUGUAUUCUACCUGGGGUUCUUUUCCCAGAAUGAUUUGAGGAGCUAGGUGAGUCUCAUCCACUCCAUUCAGUUAUGUACCAAAAUAGGAGAGAUUAAUCCCAAUAUAACAUAAUUUACUCUUAUGUUUUCUUAAUUAGAGGUACAUGUGCACUUAUAUAACAGUGUUGUCGAAAGUUUUUUUUAUAUAGGUGAUGUUUUUAUUCUCCUAAAAAUGUUUUGUGUGUGUGUGUGUGUGUGUGUGUGUGUGUGUGUGUGUGUGUGUGUGUGUGUGUGUGUGUGUGUGUGUGUGUGUGUGUUUAUGGAAUAGUAAUUUUUGACCCUAUGAUUGCCUAAGUUAAUUUAGAGUUCCCACUUUCAGAACUCAUACCAGUUGUCAUUAUUCAUUGUUGCCAAUGAAUGGAAAGUACUAUUUCGGAGCUUCCGGGUUGCUACUUUAACCCAUGCUCUGCCUUAUUAUUUACUUUAUUGUUGAUGUACUGAUUACUGGAGGAUCACCCAUUUCAUAUCAUGUUUUGUUGCUUUUUAUUCUUCCAGAAAGGACUUGAACACAAUAGGGCACACGAUACGUUUAAAAAACAUCUGUAGAUUCUUACUUUGUGCUGCUUGUGAUGUGAUUGGCCACAAAUAGGCACUUCAGCUAGGCAGACAGAAUUAACUUAGUAAUGAAUUAAAGUGGAACUUUUAUAUUAUGUCAGCACUUAAACAUUGGCUAAAAAAAGCAUUUUCUUUCUCCUAUUUUUUUAGUUCGUCUAUUGAUGAUCAGUGAUAUGUGCUGAUGUUGCACUUAUUACUGAGCAUUGUAAUGUUAGAACUCUUUACUGAGACUUCCAUUUCCUGUUGGAGUGGUAGUCUAGGAAAGGGGAUAGUAAAGCAACUGUCAGUUACAAAACUGUCCACCACCUGGCUGUAAUGGGAAAAGCCAUAGUAGAAAAUGCCAAGAAGCUGCUUGGAUGUUCAUUUGACCAUAAGUCAAAUGUGAAAUUCUGUUAUGAAGUUACAGCAGACCAUCAUAUAGUCCUCAUCUUUAAGCAAAACAUUGAAACCAUUUUUGGCUGGAUCUUUGUAAAAAAAAAUCCAGUGAGUAAAUGGCAGAAGAUAGCUAUGUUGUUUUAGAGAAAACAGGAAUCCAUUUGCCCUUUUGUCUGCGCUCUGUGUCUCCAUGUUUGUCUAAAAUCACUGUGUUCCUGAAUGCUCCCCUCACAGUAUGUGUUUGAUAUUACUGCUGAAUCUUGUAUUUCUGUCUGUGGGCAACAUUAGCUUGCUCACUACUGAUAAGUUGCUUGCCUGCAUGUCCUUUCACAUUGGUACCAAAUUCCAGCAGUGUUUUUUGGCACACAUUCUAUGAUGCCUCAGGUGCACCAACUGCUGACUUUCAACACUUUCAUCAUAUGUGUUCAGUCCUUUUUGGUGAGUGCCAUGGACCAACAGGUCACUUAAGAAUCUUUCUAGUCUGUUGUGAGUUGAUUUUAGUUGUAUUUUUAGAAGACUCAGAUCUCUGGAUGGAGGCAGAUGAAAAAUAUGUGGGCUGUAGUACUGCAACACCACAAAGGCACAAGUAGUUGGGGUUGAGUUCUGCAGAUGAUAGUAUAGUCUUCAGAAUAUGUUGCAGAGUUAUUUCCAUGAAAGGAGGCUUCAUUUUUCUGAAUUGUUUGGAUGCAAUGCCAGUCAUUUUUAGCUGCACAGCUUCAAACAGACUGUUUAACAUAGUGCACACUCAUCAGGGGUGUUCAGUAAAAAGCUUCAUCAUAUUUAAAUGACUUGCAUCUGUACUUGGUAAUGAUGGACAGUGCCAUUCCCGGGCUAGUUAAUGGAAGCCUUUUAUUUGGUUUCUGCUUAUAUGUAUGUCAGACAUUCAAGUCUUUUGCAGCACUACAACACGUGUGCCAAUUACUUCCUCCUAGGAAUCUUCCUCUUUCUCUCUCUCUGUUUCCCAGUGAACAUGUAAAACUUUUGUUUGCACAAAGAAGCUGUUAGUUGACACAAAUCGGCUAUCAUUUGUGAGAUGACUUUGUAGCCAUCAAAAGGACUUCUCUUCAUCAGAAAGGACUGCCUACAGAUUAUGCUGCUGGUUCACAGAACCAUUUUAUUGAUCGUUGGUGUCAUUCUCUUCACAGUCACUGUUCUCUGUGUUACCUUUUGCAUCAAUGGAAUCUCAUUUCAGCUCUGCAGGACUACCAGGCGAAACAUCAAGGGGUCCUAGGAGACACAGCUACGAACUGGAUUUCUUCAGCAGUCAUAACCAGUGAACUGGGAAUUGCAGUCAUUGCUGCCCUCACAUUGUUCACUUUUUGUGAAGAAGCUGGGUUACAGACGAUGGCCAUUGGAUUUGUGUUCAGUGCAGCAUCUCAGCUAGUUUUGGAGUUUGUGCCAAGGGCAGCAGACAUUUUAAGUUUAAUUUUAGGCUUUUUCAUUAGAAUAUUUUGAUUGCUAGACGCACAAUAUAGUCUUUUCUUUUCAUUUCCUAGUUACCCAUGUACUAAUAAUUUGUGUAAUCAGCUUUUCUCUCAGCUGGGAAGGAAAGGAUGUUACACUCUCAAGUUUCUUCAGGGAACUUCAGGACAU